CAACCAUGAUCCGCAUAUGGCCCAAAACCGACACCCCCGGGGAUCUGGAAAAACCACCCCCCUCGCAGGACCCCGAAUUCAAAGUCCAAUGGGAUUCUGACGACCCAUUAAACCCCCAAAACUGGUCCACAUCCUACAAAUGGUGGGUGACCUUCCAACUCGGCAUGCUCGCCCUAGCCGGCAGCUUAGGAUCCAGCAUCACCACCUCCGCCGAUGACACCAUCGCCAAGUACAUUGGCGUCAGCAGCGAAGUCGCCGUCCUCGACGUCUCCCUCUACAUCGUCGGCUUCGUCCUCGGCCCCAUCAUCUGGGCCCCCAUCUCCGAAGUCUGGGGCCGCCGCAUCAGCAUCCUCCCCGCAGUCUUCUGCCUCGCCAUCUUCGCCAUCAGCACCGCAUCCAGCCACAACGCCCCUGCCAUCUUCCUAACCCGCUUCUUCGCCGGCUUUUUCGGCUCCGCGCCCAUCAGCAACGUGACCGCCGCGCUGGGCGACAUGUGGAGUAAAGAAACCCGAGGCACAGCAAUCAGUCUCUACGCCAUCGCCGUGAACGGCGGCCCCGAUCUCGGCCCGCUCAUCAGCGCCGCCAUCAUGAAAAACCCUCAUCUCAGCUGGCGUUGGACCGAAUACACCCACGCCAUCUGGGUUUUCGUCACCUUCCUCAUGGCUUACUUCUGGCUGCCCGAGCUCUACCCCCUGGUCCUCCUCUCCCGGAAAGCUAAACACCUCCGCAAGACCCAGAACCCGGCGUACUGGCACCCACAUGAACAUCUGCAUCUGUCGGUUCAUUCUAUCGUGACGAAACAACUCGCUCGGCCGCUGCGGAUGUUAACGACCGAGCCGAUCGUCACGGCAAUAGCCUUCUACGCUGCCUUCGUCUACGCAGUCAUGUAUCUCACUCUGGAACUCUUUCCUAUCGCCUUUGCCUCGCUUCGAGGCUGGUCCCCAGUUACAGCCUCCCUACCUUUCCUCGCUCUCCUAGUGGGCGUAAUCUCCUCCGUCGGUCUCAACAUCUACAAUCAACUCCGAUACAAUCGUAUCUCCGCCGCAGCUAAUGGCGCCCCUGUCCCCGAGGCCCGUCUGCCUCCGAUAGCCUUCGGCUCUAUUGUUCUCGUGCUAGGACUCUUCUGGUUCGCCUGGACAGCAAGUCCACCUUACCACUGGAUCCUACCCGUCAUUGCGGCAUUCUGUAUCGGUGUGGGAUUUAACUGUAUCUUCCAACAAUGUCUCAAUUUCCUGAUCGACGUCUACCGAAUGUAUGCCGCGAGCGCCACAGCCGCGGUAACGUUCCUGAGAAGUCUUAUGGCAGCGGGGUUACCAUUAGCCGCGAAACCGAUGGUCAGGUCGUUGGGAAUGGGCCCCGCGGUGUCGAUUGUGGGCGCUGUUGCUGCUGUGUUAGUACCAGUGCCGUUUUUGUUCAUGAGGUAUGGGCCUGCGUUGAGGAGGAUGUCGAGGAUGGUUGAGGAUUAAUCCUUCCCUUCUUGUCUUUUGGUAGAGUAUAGAUGUUGCCAGUAGAAUAAUC